CUCGGACUGCGAGAAGAGAUUUAUUCAGAGCUCCAGCCUCCUUGCUCACGAGAGGAUCCACCGGGGAGAGAAACCUUACAGCUGCACAGCUUGCGGGAAAGGCUUCGUCCAGAAAUCUAACCUUCUGAUUCACGAGAUGAAACACACCGGUUUGAAGCCGUUCAAGUGUCAGGACUGCGGGAAAGGUUUCAUUCAGAAUUCAAGCCUCGUCAUACAUCGGAGAAUCCACACGGGGGAGAAACCGUACAGUUGCUCGCACUGCCGGAGACCUUUCAGCGACAAGUCGAGCCUUAACAAGCACGAGCGGGCCCACCGAGGGGACAAACCGUACAAGUGUUCCAGCUGCGGGAAAAGCUUCGUGCGGAGGUCUCACCUCUUGACUCACGAAAGGAUCCACACAGGCGUGAAGCCGUUCAAGUGCUCGGACUGCGGGAAGAGCUUCAGUAGCAGGUCACAUUUGAUCAGGCACGAAGGGACGCACACGGGGGAGAAGCCCUACGAUUGCUCAUUCUGCGGGAAGAGCUUCAACCGGAAGUCCAACCUGACCAACCACGAGAGGACCCACACGGGGGAGAAGCCUUACAAGUGCUCCGAUUGCGGGAAAAGCUUCAGCGACAGGUCCAGCCUGAUUAAGCACGAGCGGAUCCACACCGGGGAGAAGCCGUACAGUUGCGGGUCCUGCGAGAAGAGCUUCAGCGACAAAUCGAGCCUUAUCAGGCACGAGCGGAUCCAUACAGAGGAGAAGCCAUACAAAUGUGCUGAUUGCGGGAAAGGAUUCAACCAGAGCUCGAGUCUCAUUGUGCACGAGAGAACCCACACGGGCGAGAAACCCUUCAACUGUAACGAAUGUGGGAAGACGUUCGCUCAGGCUUCCAACCUCCUGGCCCAUAAGCGGAUCCACACGGGCGAGAAGCCCUAUAGGUGCGUCCACUGUGGGAAAAGCUUCACCGAAAGGUCGAAUCGUAACCGGCACCAGAGGACUCAUUCGGGAGAAAAGCCCUACCAUUGUCUCGACUGCGGAAAGAGCUUCAGCUUCAGGUCCGACCUCAUCCGACACGGGAUCACCCAUACGGGAGAAAGGCCGUACAAAUGCUCGGACUGUGGGAAAACCUUCAGCCAUGCCUCGACGCUCAUUCGGCAUGAGAACAUCCACACGGGGGAGAAACCCUACUCCUGCGUGGACUGCGGGAAAUGCUUCACCCAAAGUUCAUCUCUCCUGGCGCAUAAGCGGCUGCAUACCGGAGAGACGCCAUUCAUCUGCCCCGUCUGUGGAGAAAGCUUCAACUGGAAGUCGCAUCUGGUGACGCACAAGCGAACCCACACAGGGGAAAGGCCGUAUAAAUGCACCAAGUGUGAGAAGAGCUUCAUCGAGAAAUCCAAACUGAACAGGCACCAGAGGACCCACGCGGAGAAGGAACUGUAUGGGUGUGGGGAGUGCGGGAGGAUCUUCAGCAUCCGAUCCAACCUGCUUCGGCACGAGACCACACACCGAGGGGUGAAAUCCUACCCCUGCCUGAGCUGUGGGAAAAGUUUCAACCAGUCGUCGAAACUGAUGCGGCACGAAAAGGUCCACACCGGAGAGAAGCCCUACUCCUGUUCAGACUGCGGGAAAAGUUUCAGCCAGACCUCCGAACUCCUGCGGCACGAAAGGAUCCACACCGGAGAGAAGCCGUACAAAUGCUCGUCCUGCGGGAAGUGCUUCAAUCGCAAAUCACACCUCAGCACCCACGAGGCAACCCACGUAGCUGACCUGCCAGCUGGAGGGCUCCAUAGCAGGACAGUCUAUGACAGCAGCUCACUCUUUAUUGCAGGGCUGAGUUCCCACCAGCAGACCUACGCAGAGGGCCAGGCCUAUCCGGGCUCAGAAAAUGAAAAAGACUACAGCCAUAGUUCGAUUUUUAUCGCAGGGCUGAAUCCCAGCAGGCCUACACACGUAGAUGACCAGCUCUAUGAAUGGCCCAGCAGCAAGACAAGCUACGGCCAUUGUUCACUCCUCAUCACUGGAGUCAAUCCACAAGAAGGCGCCCAAGCAGAAGAAGCCCUGUUUCCAUGUUUGGAUAGAGAGACCAGCUACACUUGUAGCCCGUUGUUUAAAAGCAUCAUGAACACACGGCAGGUCGUCCUUUCAGGAGGCCGACCUAUUGCCUGCCUGGACCGCGAGAAAAACUACAGCGACCCUUCGCUUUUCCAGAAGGAGGAGAAACUGUUUAAAUGUCUCGAAUGUGGAAAGAGUUUCAACUGGCAGUCUCACUUCACUCGGCACAAAAGAAUUCACACGGGAGAAAAGCCAUACUGUUGCACGGACUGUGGGAAAAGUUUCAACCGCAGGUCACACCUUGUUCGACAUAGCAGGACUCACAACGGACUGAGCCUGUACUCUCAGACUGUGGAAGAAUCCUCAGUCCAGGACCUUAUUUUCUUAAACCCAAGCGAAUCAAUGCAGGAGAAAACUGUGAUUAACACACAGGCUGUGGGGGCUUCCUUUAUGGCUCGCACGAGGUUACCGCCUGGAAACGUCACAAUCCUGCCUGCUGAAACCACUCAGGAAUAAAUCUUGUGAAGGUUCAGUGCAGGAUGUAUUACUC